AUGGGCGGUGCUUUGGCUGAAGCUUCAUCUUGGAGAUGGAUAUUUUGGAUCAACCUUCCAAUUUGUGGAAUUGGCUUCGUGCUAAUCAUCGCCUUCUUGAACCAGAAAUCAGUCCCUGGAUCCCUGAUCUCAAAGUUGGUCAAGGUUGAUUGGAUUGGUGCUUUUUUGCUUACGGCUUCUGCAACCAGUUUGUUACUUACCCUUUCCUGGGGCAACGUCAUGUAUCCAUGGUCUUCCUGGCAUACAAUAUUACCACUCAUAUUGGGUGUGGUCGGCAUGGCUGGAUUUGUGAUGUAUGAUGGCAAGGUGCCGCAUGACCCGAUAGUUCGCCUCGCUAUUUUCAAAGAGAGGACCGCAUUGGUUACCUACAUGGGAACCUGUAUUCACGAGAUCGUCCUUUGGUGUCUUCUCUACUAUCUUCCUUUAUACUACAAAUGUGUUAAAGGAUAUAGUGCUAUAUUCCCCGGCAUGGGAUCGCUUUCGAUGGGCCAUUUGGAGCGGAUGGUUUCUGAGUACCCUGGGAAUGGGCGUCCUCUAUCUGCUAGGCCAGACAGCUCGAUUUCAGCAUGUGCAUUCCUGAAUCUUGUACCCGGAUUGGGACUCGGAAUGCUUUAUAAUAGUCAAGCGUAUGUGACCCAGGCUGCAGCUGAAGAGCAAGACUCCGCACAUGCAGCAACGAUGUAUAUCUUCUCACGGUCUUUCGGGCAGAGCAUUGGAGUUGCCGUCGGCGGUGCUAUAUUCCAGUCCCAAUUCGCUGUCAAUCUUAGAGCCUACCCACAACUAGCAUCGGAAGCGAGUUCUUUGGUCGAGUUGGUCAAGGCCAUGCAGCCUAGCUCGCCGCGGCGGAUUAUGAUUGUUGCCGCAUAUGCAGAUAGCUUGAAAGUGGUAUAG